AGCCUACUGUUCUUGAUUUCAUUCGCCCGUCUCGCAUCUACCCUCCUCGCUAAUCUUCUUUGUGCUUCAUUCUGAACGAAACAUGAGUGGGGACAGAGUCCUUUUUACAACGCGAAACAUUCCAAGCCUCGCCAACUCUUUCAACAAUGUCGUGGACGCCGACGACCACGAACCGUUGUGGAAGAAGACCACCCUCGGUCUCGCCACCGAUGGUUAUGGUGGGCUUGGUUCCCGUGGCGAUCAUUGCAAAUUCGCCUGUGUUUCCAUAGCAGAGAGGAAAGUUGAUAAAGAAUUCAUGCCCACGCUGGCUCAGCUCCUGAAGCAUCCGCUGGCCGUUGUCGCAUUCGUGCCCAGAGAUGUUUCCUUGUUUUUCGCUGGAGCCAUUGCCGGUGCUGCUGCUAAGACUAUCACUGCUCCUCUGGAUCGUAUCAAGAUCCUUAUGCAGACUCAUGGAGUACGAGUAGGGCAAGAAAGUGCUAAGAAGGCAAUUGGUUUCAUUGAGGCUACAACACUUAUAGCAAAGGAAGAAGGCAUCAAGGGUUAUUGGAAGGGCAACCUCCCCCAGGUGAUUCGGAUCAUUCCUUAUAGUGCUGUCCAGCUUUUUGCUUAUGAAACCUAUAAGAAAAUAUUCAGAGGAAAGAAUGGUGAGCUCUCUGUUUUCGGAAGACUUGCUGCAGGUGCUUUUGCUGGCAUGACAUCCACUUUUAUAACAUACCCAUUGGAUGUGUUGAGAUUACGAUUGGCAGUUGAACCAGGUUACCGAACCAUGACAGAGGUUGCUUUGGGCAUGCUAAGAGAUGAAGGGUUUGCAUCUUUCUAUUAUGGCCUGGGGCCUUCCCUAAUUGGAAUAGCUCCUUAUAUUGCUGUUAACUUUUGUGUUUUUGACUUAUUAAAGAAGUCGUUGCCUGAAAAAUAUCAAAAGAGAACUGAAACCUCCCUACUAACAGCUGUGCUUUCGGCUUCUCUCGCCACUAUUACAUGCUACCCUCUAGACACUGUGCGAAGACAGAUGCAAAUUAAGGGUACACCUUACAAUACAGUUUUAGAUGCUCUUACAGGUGGUGCUAUCGUAAUAUAAAUUAGGGUAAGAUAUGGAAAUUUCAGGAGGUUUUCACUUGCUCACAAGUGAUUCAAAUUCAAUUAUAUUAUGAGCUGUAUUUUGUAGCUGUCUACUGCAGAAUGCAGGUGCUGUGUCUUUAGUAUAAGUUAUUUAUUUUUAUCACUUUAAUGAGGAAAGAAGCCAUGCAAGACAGUCUGUUCUUAUCAAAGGCCUUCAAAAUCUAUUACAGCUGAUAAUGUCGAGUUCUCUUUCUUCUAUUGAAAAUGUUUCAUCCAGAGAGUUUAUCUAUGAAUUAGGAUUUUUUCUGUGAUGCCCCUACAUCUUGAAAUAAUUUUAGAUUCUAUUUAAUUUUUCAAUGAUUUUUCAGAUUAUAUAAGCAUGAAACUCCUAACAAGAAAUUUUUGACUUUUAAGCAUGAAACUAGCCCACUAAAGGCAAUUACUAUAAUUGGGAUUCAGGCUUAACCAGGUUGUAGCCUGUUGCGUCUGGAUACAUUUUAAUUUAUUUAAAAGAUGAGAAUGCUUGCAGUUUAAUGCCUCGCUAGUUUGUGCUAUCGGCAAAUCAAUAAUUCCCCUUAUGCAGGUAUUGUAGAACGGGAUGGAAUUAUUGGCUUAUACCGGGGCUUUGUGCCCAAUGCCUUGAAAAACCUACCAAACAGCAG